AUGAAAUCAACUAUGUGGCGGCGAGUCUUCUUCACCUUUGUCUUCAGCUUCUCAAGCUGCCAGGCGGCGUCAGUCUUUCUGGAUCCAGAUCGAGCCCAUGGCGUCCUGGUCCGAACUCGGAGGUAUAACACGGGCUGGUUUGAGGAGCUACAGAUGGGAGAUCUGAAGAGGGAGUGUCUGGAGGAGAAAUGCUCCUAUGAGGAGGCCCGGGAGGUGUUCGAACACACCGAGACCACGGACGAAUUCUGGAAGACAUACAACCUCCCAGACAGCUGUUUGUCGAAUCCCUGUCUGAACGGCGGCUGCUGCUCCAACAAGGAAUCGUCCUACACCUGCUACUGCCUGCCACAGUUCAGCGGCCUCAACUGCGAGCUUGAGUACAUGGCCGUCCCCAACACCUGCCUGCUGGAGAAUGGAGGCUGUGACCAUUACUGCGAUGAAGACGAGGGAGGAGGAAGGCUAAGCUGCUCGUGUGCAGAAGGCUACUCCCUGGACGUUGAUGGGCGGAGCUGCGUAGCAAAAGAGUCGAUAGCAUGCGGUAUGGUCCCCAUCCUGCAGGGAGAAAACAAAGCCAAGCAGCUCGACUCUCGAGCUCGAAUUGUUGGGGGAACAGAGUGCCCCAAAGGUCAAUGCCCCUGGCAGGUUUUGCUGGUGUAUAAAGGCAAAGGUUUCUGUGGAGGAGUGAUUUAUAAGCCCACAUGGAUCCUCACAGCAUCUCACUGCCUGGAGAAAACUGAGGCUCAGUUCCUGAAGGUGGUCGCAGGCGAGCACAACACACUGCUGAACGAGGGCACGGAGCAGCUCAUCCAGGUUUCUGAGAUCAUCAUGCACCAGAACUACGUGACAAGUACUGCCGACAACGACAUCGCCCUCCUGCGCCUGGCGUCGCCCAUCGUCUACACGCCGUACGCCGUCCCAGCCUGCCUGCCGACGCGAUCGCUGGCAGAGCGCGAGCUCUGGGCUGUGAGCAUGCACACGGUGAGCGGCUGGGGGAGGCGGGGGGAGAACGGACCCACCUCACAGCUCCUGCGGCGGUUGAAGGUACCACGGAUCCGGACGCAGCAGUGUGUGGAGGAGAGCGGCGUGGUGCUCACUAAGAACAUGUUCUGCGCCGGAUACAUCGAGGGCCAGCAGGACUCGUGUAAAGGCGACAGUGGCGGGCCCCUGGUGACAGAGUACAAGAAGACGGCGUUCCUGCUGGGGAUCGUCAGCUGGGGGAAGGGCUGCGCCCAACCGGGCAACUACGGCAUCUACACCCGAGUGUCCAACUACCUGGAGUGGAUCCACAACGGAACAGCGACGCCAAAUCAGCUGACGAACAACACCCAGUCUUCGUUACACAACCUGACGACCUGAGAGUUCACGCCCAGGGCAUAUCAGCACACAUCCACAGCGCUGUGGUUUUUAUGUUUUAAUCUACUGUAGUGAAACAGCGGCCACAAUGGAAGAGGAAGACUGUCGAUUUAACUGAUGUAGGCCCAUUAGAGGAUAAAGUACAUUUGGACACAACCAUAAAUAUAUUUAUGGGAUGUAUACAUAUACUGCUUUAACACACUAGUAAGGACAUUAGACUGUGAACAGUUAGUCAAACAGACCCUGGAGCUUGGAGCUUGUGUUAGUGUUGCAUUAUGGGUGAUGGGAAAGAUUUCCAGUGUCUGUUGUGUGAGGGUUAAUAAGUCUUUUGCGUUGACCAUAAAAUUUAGAUUUACUUACCAUGAAAGUGAGACUUUGGCAUGAGGCUAUGAUUGUCCUUAGUAGGAUAUAUAAAUUAGUUUCCUAACCUGGAGAUUCAAAACUAGUGAUUACUGUUAUUGUCUUAUGGCAUGUGGCAUAAUGUAAUAGUCAACAUCUGCUUAAAUAUUGGAGACACGUUGAGGUGUCUUCAAAUGGAAAAGUAUCUAAACUGCACGUCAGUAAAACUGUAAUUUGGUUUUUGGUUCUUAAUGUGUGCGUUGUAAAUUUUUGUAUGAAUAAAACAGGUGAAACUUGA